AACUAUCAUCAGGUAUCUUUGGUUAAAUUUCUUUAAUAAAUAUAUGCUUUUGUACCUUCUUUAAGUCUCUAGUGACUAAGGUUUGACACUGAAGUUAAUCCAUUCGGAAGCUAAAUUAGAGUAUGGGAUGAGGCUACAGAAGUAUGAUUGACUGUACUUUGUGAUUAAUGCCUUUCUGCUAAGUGUGCUAGUAUUUUUAGAGUCCUGAAACAUGUGUACUUCAACAGGAAAACCAAAAGAAGAAAAAAGAACUAUCUGCCAAUUUUGAUCGAGGAAUUAAUUACUGAUUCAAUGUUCCUCUAUUUAAAGUGGUUAGGAUUCUUUUCCUUUUCCAUAUGUUAGACAUCAUGAUAUCCUUAUGAUUUAGUCGCCAUGAAGUUUAAAGCUUAACCGCAUAUCAAACAUUUUAUAUUUUAAUGGCAUAUGGCUGUUGGGAGUUGUAUUAAUGUAUAUCUUUAGUUGUAAUAUCAAGCAUCGGACUAUUACUCCUGCCUGAGUAUCAUGUUCGGUAAUUGAACUCUAGAGAAGGAAAAUUCGGGAAUGAAACCUUAGAUGUACCCCGUGAGUUUAAUAUUUUCUCAGCUUCAUAACAUAUUAGCCUUUUGAUUUCUGCUGAUAACAUGAGCUAUUCUAACUGCUAAGGACUUACUCUGGACCUCUAAAUUUAUCCUUUUUGCACUUUUUAUUUGGAGGGUCAAGGAUCCUUGGGAAUCGAAUAAAUUUUUGGCAUUUUAUCAUAUUAAACUUGUCAUCUGUGAUUUGUUUACAAUUGAGAGGCAGUUAUAAGUUGUUAGCUUCUAAUUUGUCCAUUAUGUGGUGGCCAUUUGAUGAAUGCCCAUUUUGGUAUUUUUGCAACAUGGUUCUUUCACAAGAUACUUUGUGGAAGUUAUUCACUUUGAAAUCUUUUGAAUUACUUAAAAAUAAUUGUCUCUCCGAAGAACCAAAAUUUUAAGUAUUUUAGCUGUUAAACGGGGACUUUGUUCUGGCAAAUAUAGCUAGAUUCUCUAGAGUGGUGCUUUAUGAUGUGGUUGCAUUUGGUUUGAAAUUCACUCUAAAACAUUUCAAAGUCGAAUCUUUUGAUAUACCAUAUGUUCAACUGGGCUUUCUUUUGCUUUAUGUGGUGCAAGACAAAUGCGCAUUCAAGAUUUAAGUUAGUGGGUGUGAAGUACCACCAGCUGCUCCUUUGUGUCAAUGGGUGCAAACUUGUUAUAAAUAUAUAUCUUCUAAUUUUUUUUUUGAACUAUAUAAUCUGUGCUAUAGCAGCAAGUGCGGGUACACCAUUUCGGAGAAUUUACAUCCUCUAUCUGCAAAGCAAUAAAUCUCUUUUUUCUCUCAAAAAGGCUAUAGAUCUCUUUCAGAUAUCUUCUUGAUUGGUCUCUAACAAGAAUAGAAAGAUAUGCUUCAUUGAUGUAGUUGUAGUUCAGCUUGAACACAAUUUGUUGUUGUUAUAUCUCAUAAUGAAACCUUCUUCCUAGUAGUAAAACAAAAUGAUGCUCUCUUAAUUAUAUAUUCUUUUUAGACCUGAUGCGGUAGAGAGCUGUAGGUUCUAUUUCAAAUAUAGAAAUAUCUGGUCAAACUCUUACUGUUUAGCUCCAUCAUACAAAUCUUUUCCGUAUUCUAUUUUACCUUCCCACAGCGAGUUCAUUAAUCAGACAUUUACUGAUUAAUUUUGCGUUAAAUGGUUGAAAGCCUUUUAAAAUAAAUAUAAAGUAGCUAAAUAAGGAGCAACAGUCACAAAAGUAAAAAAAAAUUCCGCAAAGUCAUAUGUUACUGUGUUAAUCCUGCUUAGUUAGCCAGUAGCCUCAUCAAAGUCUUAUAUUUCAGUGAACUUUGAUUGUUUUACUCCACGUUGAUGUACAACUUAACAUCUAGAAAUAAAGUCGUCGUUGUGGUCAUUCUGUUUUAAUGUGCCACCUGCCCGUUUCCCUUAUCAGUUGCUCUCAUUACUGUAGUUAAAAUUGAUAGCUGAUUAAAAAAGUAGGAGUCUUGCUGCCAUUCUUUCUGUUAACCAAGUGUCAGUGGGUACAGAAAAUCACAUAUAGAUGCAACAAAUAUUUAUGCUGGUCUUUGUCAUAUAUGGAAGUCAUCCGUUUUGGGAAUACUCUUCAGAAACUUUCCCUUUCACAUACGAAAGCACUGUAGAUCUAACAAAAUGAACCCUGACCAGACAUGCAAUAGCUCCUCUUGGACUAAGGAGGAAGACAGAGCAUUUGAAACUGCCCUAGCCAUUUAUGCUGGAGAUAGCGAUCAAUUGAUGAAGAUUGCUGCAGCAGUUCCACGGAAAUCUAUUCCAGAAAUCUUACAACAUUAUAAAAAACUUGUUGAUGAUAUAAAUGAUAUCGAGGCUGGAAAAGUUCCGCUACCUCGAUACGGGAGAAUGCAAGGUUGUUCCAGCCGCAGAAGUAGAUUAUCUGGAGCAGAGGUAGAACGGCGAAAAGGGGUCGCUUGGACUGCAGAGGAACACAGGUUGUUUCUCCAGGGGUUGGAGAAAUAUGGAAGAGGUGAUUGGAGGAGUAUAUCUAGGCACUUUGUGGUAUCCAGAACACCAACACAGGUGGCAAGCCAUGCGCAGAAAUUCUUCAGUCGGUUAAAAGACAAUAAUAAGGCGAAGAGGAGAAGAAGCAUUCAUGAUAUCACUACUGUGGAUGCUGGUACUACUGAACCUUCACAAGGACAAGAAACUGAGAAGUUGAAUGGACCUUGUGGAGGGCAAUUACAAUGGCCAAUCACUGACUAUGUGACUGAAGCUUUUGACACAGGGAUGUUUCCUUUACCAGGGCCAGUUACCAACUGCAUGAUUGAUGCUAUUGGAGGACCAUCCAGUGUUAACCCUGAGACUUUCCCGUUUGGUACUGCUGUUGUUAGUGAGUUGAAUAGUUCACUUCCCAAUGUGGAUGAUGAGUUUUUGCUAGGUGUAGAAGACUUAAUCACUGUACCGACACAGGGCACCUCUGAAGCGUGGCGCGGGGUUGACACUCCAUCACUUAGCUGGCAACCAUCUUUUGCUGGUGGCACUGGAAUGUACACUCAUCCCGUCAGUAGUGUUGGGUAUGAAAUGGAAGAGUUAAUCACCAAAGAGUUGGUUGAAGCCACUCAAGUUGGUCCUAUCGUUAACACUGCAAGAUUGCCAUUACCAAUUGCCGAUCAUAUUGGAGUUCAUGGUUGUACAGCUUCUAGCAGUGGUGCGAAGAACGGUUUUGAGAGCACUGUGGGAGCUCGUGAGGCAGGUCUUUCUGUUGAUUCUGACCCAUUACUGUCAAUUGCUGGCACUAGUGGUGGUGGAGUAUAUCCAAGUUUUAAUGCUAGCAUAAAGGACGACAACAUUUUUGAUUUGGAAGACCUAUUCCUAGAUCCGAUGAUUGGAUUUUAUGAAAAGGAAGGUAAAUCUUAAUUUAUCAUUGGUUUCACUAGAAUUACCGUGCAGCGCAGGCCUAUUAUUUCACGAACUCCGAUGUCAUUAUGUGUUCCUCGCCCAGCUAGUACGGUUGGAUUUCGCGCUGCAGCAUCUUCUAGUGGAUUGUUCUAUCAUGGCAUCCUUCUAGAUAUGGCUCGAGUUGCAUAUUCAAUGUCUCAUUCUUGCAAUAGAAUAUAUGGUUUCAGUUGUAUAUGGUGUAUGUAUUAGCAAACUUUUUGGAUGAACUAUUUAGAACAGUUACCUCCCCCAUGACCCCUUUCACUUCUUUGUGUCCUUUGGUGUACAAGCAUGUUCUUAAACUCCAUGUUCAUAAAUAAAAGCAUGCUUUAAUUGUUAUGAAUCUUA